UUCGGUUUCAGAUUAUCUCACUUGUGUAGGUUAAUUUUACAGUUAAACAUAAUUAGUAACGAAGCCUCCACUAAUUUGCGGAAAUCCUUCCGCGCGCACAACGAAUCUCUUACCCGCUGCCUGCUUCGUCGGUGGAGUUACACGAUCCAUGAUAUGAACGAAGCUCCAUUCAACUAAACUACGAACGAGAGAAUCUUCUACGAAUUCUACCUCAACGACUCAAUAGACUUCACGUCGAACGAAUAUCCUCUAGAUAAUAGAUAAAACUAAGUUUGAACGAAAAAGGUUUACUAACCUUUCGAUCUUUACUUCGUUCAUUUCAACUACUAAUAUUAUGUUACACAACGAGUCACUUUAAUAUUGAAUUUUUAACGAACGCGAUCACGUUGCAUCAUUAUUGAAUACAGUAAUAGCUUGAGAAAUUCCAACGAGGAAUCAAGAUGAUGAAGCAGGGUACAUCCACCAUCUUCACAUCUGUGACCUCGGUGGUGUUGGCAUCCCUGUUCUUGGUCGCAUCGUCAGCUCAGCACACCACGGUACUUGGUACACCUACACAUUCGCCGGUCCACGAACUACUAACUACCCCGAUGCUGCCACGCGACGACCACGACCGAGGCCUCAGCAGGCAGCUCACCGACCUCAUCCGGAGGGCGCGUCAGAUCAAGUUCAAGAGUUCCUACAGAGAAUUGCCUGAAGUCUUGCGGCUGGCAGAAGAAUUGAACCGCGCCUCUGGCAAGCAGCUCAGUGAGCCAGUACACGUAGGACCGUCCGAGAUCGCCACUCAUGAAAGGACUGCACUCAAGGCUCUUCCUCCCGCCUCGGAAGUUUAUUUCCAGCCCCAGGUCAUCGAUAAGCCCAAGCUUGCAAAAGCUUUCAAUAAUAAUGGAAUUAAUAAUUUGAAUACUAAACGGCGUAGACUCAAGAAGAAAAUGAUAGCGAGGAAACUGGUGCAAGGAGUCGUACCAAGCCCGCACAAAGUCGAAAAUGAUGAUGCUAUCAAUUUUGAAACAAGCAGCACAAAAAACUUCGAAAACACCAUCAGAAAUAGCCCGCACAUUUUUAGAGGAAAGUCCUUACAAUCUCAAAAGGUCAGCAGCCAGAAACAAAAUCACAGCGGAGGUCCAAAUCCAGAUGAAUCAUUUAGAAAUCCAUACUACAUCGAAACUCCGCCAAAUGAAAUAUCGUCAUACAGUUUUGUGCCAGAAAAUUCUCGAAUAAAACCAAAGAACCAAGAACAAACCAACUCUGAUCGCCAGUCAUCAGCUCCAAAGCCUAGCAGGUUAACCACUAAAAAGCCUAAGGCGACACAGCGAACGCCUCAUGUAACCAAGAUUAGGCCGCACACUUCUAACUUAAUAGACAAACAACCGAAGCCCUCAGCCGCCUCUUUCACUCGACCGCAGCCAGUCCAGCAGAAGCCUUUGCGUCCGAAAAGUUCAGGAAGAGGAAAAUCUUUAAGCGCAACUGCCAAUUGGGAUCAUUUCCUGAAAACUGCAUCGGAUCAACCAGUAAAAGGUUCUUUUUCGGCAGUAAAACCUCCCGAAGCAAAGAAUUCAGCGUUUUGCAGUGAUGGUUCCUGUAGGUCAUCCACUAAAAUGGAUAAUUAUCCAUCAAAAAGCUCGUCUUCGAAACAAAACAAAUCUUUCAACAACAUCCACGAUGCGUCGCAGAAGACGUCUGGAGGAAAGAGCAAUUUUCCAGACCUCGUGAGCGUCCCACCAACUGACUUCCACUGCGGGGACUACAGGAGCGGAGAAUAUUUUGCUGACGUUGAUACCAACUGCCAGGUGUUCCACGUGUGUUUCGGCGGCAGACAAGCCAGUUUUGUGUGCCCAGUGGGUACGGCGUUCUCGCAGCAGCUACUCGUGUGCGACUGGUGGCACAAAGUGGAUUGCGGCAACAGGAGCAAGAGGAGUCUUGUCGCCGCCGCCUCAUACGUGCCUUAUGACACAGCGCGCACACUCUACAAGACUCACGCCAAACUAAUUUAAUCGAAUACACUAAGAUUUUCUGGCCAAUGUAUCUAUAAGUCAGGUCAGAAAAUCCUAAAUAUUUGGCCCCCGUUAAUACACACGUAUUGGUUGUGAAAGAAUGAACCUUGUCGACUCGAAUAGUGCACGUUUUCACUUUUUAAGGCUAAUGCUAUAUCGGGCCACAUUAUCUAGUAACGUCGCCUUUAAUCGAUUCUUGGAAAAUAUUCACCAGAAAUCUGGAGCCAGGCGCUUAAACAUAUUACAAGUAAAAAUUUUUGCUAGCCAUCCGAAAGGCCUAGUUAGUAUACAAAUUACAAAGUAACUCGCAGCUAAGCUUGCAGUCAAGAGAUUAAUUGACAAAUUUGUAGGUAGGACAUUUUUUUCAAUGAAGUUUACUUGGAAUUCGACAUGAACUAUCUAACACGAAUGCUCACAAUCUUAUGCUUAACUGCUUUUAAAAUAAGUAUCAUUAUUAUUUGGUAUCCGUAUUCAAUAGAAGCUGUUCCUGCCAGCUUAGAAAUACAGCUAUGUCACGGGAAUAUUCGAUGCCUUUCUUUUUCGGACUCGCUUAAAAGCAUACCGUAGCUGAAACCACAAAAGAAGUCUUUCCUCGCCGAUAAAAUUAUUCGAUGAAAUUCCUACUAUGGGCAGGUUUACAUAUUUAACGUGAUUUCACUUGCCAUCAAGUCCAACGCUUAUGUUUGUUUCAUUGGAAAAUUUGACAUUAAUUGCUACUGGUUUUUCACUUCAAACAUUCAAAUUGCUUCAAUUGGUGGGUCAGUAGUUCAAAAAAUGUGCUGUGAUUCCUGGAAAUGCUUUUAAUUCAGAGAGUUCAGUGAAAUUUCAAUAUCAACAAUGCACGUGUUAAGUUACUGCACGUCGUUACAUGAAGUAAGGCAAGCCACUUUGAACAAGUUCAAGCUUUCAACUGUUGGGGAUUGCAAGACUCUAAAAUCCCCAUGAAAUAUGCAAGCUAAAACUAACUAUAAUCGUACAUUUAAUAGAUGAAUUAAGCGAUGACAAA